UUUCCUGCACCCAAUUUGUUUUUCAAGUGUACUUCCAAAUCAACCCUACUUUCUGCACCCAUUACCUCACUGAAACAAUCACCAACAGUACAAAAUGUCCUCUUUCUUCGGUUCCGGCGCCGGCUCUCCUUCUAACGACAUGACUGCCCGGAAAGAGCAAAUGAAGCAAUCUAUCCAACAAGAGCUUGCCAUUGCCAACGCUCAGCAGCUCAUCAACAAAAUCAACGAGAACUGCUUCGCCAAGUGUGUCACCAAGCCUUCCACUUCCCUUAGCUCUUCCCAAGAGUCUUGUCUCUCUCAAUGUAUGACCCUCUACAUGGCCGCUUUCGACCAGGUCUCUCGAUCAUACGUUGCUAGGAUAUCAAAGGAGCGAGGUGUUGCCCCUGGUCUCUAAGUGUGAAGAUUUAGUUGAGAAGGCGAUAUAUUAUGAGCAAAAGGAGAAGAAUGAGAACGACAAUCAUGUAACCGUCACAACUCUAUGCAUCCGUAACUGUCAAAGUGUGCAUUGGU